AUGGUUGAAGGUCUCACCCGGUACCAGAUCACGCCCCCGAGCGACGCCAUUGUCGUCCCCGACAGACAAUCCAUGAACGAUCUGGUCAAGCUGAAUCCGGAAACAAUUCUUCACGCCGAGAAUGGAGGCUAUUAUCUCAAGAACAUGGACGAAGAGGUCGUUGCCAUCGCUGGGGAUGACCUAUGCACAGAGUUCGACGCCGUGUUUGCCAGUAUUGAUGCUGAUGUCGUCGGUGACGGCUCUAGAUCUGGGGAUGAGGGAUCUGGAUCUCUGGGCGGGGCAAAUGUUACGAAGAGGAAUGAGGAUCUCGCGUUACCCGAACUGUAUGCAAAAUUUCUGCAGCCACCCCCGUUGCUUCCACUCUGCCACCUGUCUGAGCUACUCGUAUUGCCAUAUAUGCUCCUCAAGCAGCCGGAAAGUUUGUGUCUAGAGUGUAGUGUUAUUUGA